CGAGGGCGGCACCCGGCGGGCCCCUGGGCGUGGACAGAGUCCCGCGGCCGCGUCCGGCCGGCGCGGGGAGCGUCCCCGCGGGUUGGACGGCGGGGCCCUCCGGGGUGUGGCCGCCCCGCGCCCCGCCCCGCGGCCCUCCUCCGCCGGCGGCUCCCGGGGCUGGUGGUCGCUCCGGCUCUCGGCCUCCGCGGCUCAGCUCAGCGCAACCGCCGCCCGGCCCCGCCAGCCUCCCGGACCAUGGCCAACCUCGAGCGCACCUUCAUCGCCAUCAAGCCGGACGGCGUGCAGCGCGGCCUGGUGGGCGAGAUCAUCAAGCGCUUCGAGCAGAAGGGAUUCCGCCUCGUGGCCAUGAAGUUCCUUCGGGCCUCUGAGGAACACCUGAAGCAGCACUACGUUGACCUGAAAGACCGCCCAUUCUUCCCUGGGCUGGUGAAGUACAUGAACUCAGGCCCAGUUGUGGCCAUGGUCUGGGAGGGGCUGAAUGUGGUGAAGACAGGCCGAGUGAUGCUUGGGGAGACCAAUCCGGCGGAUUCUAAGCCAGGCACCAUUCGUGGGGACUUCUGCAUUCAAGUUGGCAGGAACAUCAUUCAUGGCAGCGACUCAGUAAAAAGUGCCGAAAAAGAAAUCAGCCUAUGGUUUAAGCCUGAAGAAUUGGUUGACUACAAGUCCUGUGCUUAUGACUGGGUCUAUGAAUAAGAGGUGGACAAAGCAGCACUCCCCUUCAGCACUGCUUGGUGUGUCCCUGGACACAGCUCUUCAUUCCACUGACUUGGAAGCAAUAGGAUUGAUCGUUCUUUUCUAAAGCAUAUUUACCAAUAAAGCCUUUGGAAACUGGGCAA